UGUUCCAGGGUUGUGCCUGGAGCAAACUGGAGCCUCCGGGGCAGCGUCUGGGCUGGCAGCUUGGAAAAAAACAGACCCAAGGAAGAAAAACCCAAGUGAAAGAGGAUUGAAGCGCGGCGAGGAGCCGUCCUGUGUGUGGGGCAGGACCUGAGCACAGAGCAGCAGGUUUUCUCACGCCACCGAGCCAUCACCUCCCGGGGGAGAUGAGCAUUUCGCCGGAGCACAAGCCCCUUGGGAAGCAGGUCACCAGCAGCCUGCACACGGUGAGUAAGUUGUCACCAAUCGUGGAGUUAAACGUCGGUGGGGAGAUGUACACGACAACGCUGAGCACCUUAAAGAAACACCCUGGCUCCAAGCUGGCAGAGAUGUUCACCGGCCAGCCCAAACUCCGGACUGACUCUGAAGGAAGGUUCUUCAUCGACAGGCCCGGCACCUAUUUCAAAUACAUCUUGGAGUACCUGCGCAGUAACCAAGUGCCCACCCAGUGCAUCCAGGACGUCUACAAGGAGGCGUUGUUCUACGACAUCGAACCUCUAAUCAAGCAGCUUGAGGACUCCCCGCAGAUCUUCGGGGAGCUCGUGGCGAGGAAGCAGUUUCUGGCUCGUGUGCCCAACUACAGCGAGAACAUCGAACUGAUGAUCCGCAUCGCCAGGGCGGAAGCGGUCGCGUCCCGCCGGUCCAGUGUCAUCGUGUGCGUGGUCAAAACUGAGGAGGACGCGGCCAGAUGUCAGGAUGCCUUGAACAGCUUGGACAUGGAUAAAAAAUCCGUGGUGAAGUUUGGUCCCUGGAAGGCAGCGCCAAGUAUUUCUGAUCUGCUGGACUGCAUUCAAAUGGACGUUGAAGCCAAAGGGUAUAAAAUAUCCUUUCAGCCCCACAUUGCUGAAAAAGGUUUUCGCUUCAAAUCGCAUGACUACUUCUACAAGUUCCUGUUCACCUGGUGGUAGCUAAGUGCCACCAUUGAUGGGGAAUGGAAGAAAGCGAUUGUUAAACAAAUUAACUUGGGCCACGGAGACUAAGCCAUGGACUACCUGAUAGACAGGAAAAAAACACAUGGCCCAAUGAAAGGAUCUCCUUCAGUUGUUUGCCAAAUUAAAGAGCACGUUUUUCUCGUGCUUUCGGGGAUAACUGUACGAUUUAAAAGGCAUCAGAAACAGGAGGAAUUUUACUCUUUCAGCGUUGCUGACUAUUAGGUAAGUUCAGAGAGCGAGAUCUGAGGGUCAAGCCAACCUCACUCAACCUAAGAGAAAUUAAUAAUCCCAGUUAUGUCUUGUGGACAUGUGGAGUUGGUCUCUCAGUGCAAAUGGGAACAGGUCACAUACGCGCAAUUCCCAAUGGAAUCACUGACAGUGCAUUAACACAUGCUCGACUUAAAUUUGGAUCCUUAAUGAGAAGGCAAAAAGUCGUCUUCUCACUGCUUUCCCCACUAGAACCUAGGUUAAAAAGAAGGAUUCAGUGUCCCAUGCUCUCUUCUUGUUCCUCCAGAAGACAGCCUACUCUCUAGCCAAUGUAUUUAUUACCGUUAUUUAUUAUUUAUUCUGAAGAAAAGAUAGAGAACCUCAGCUCUGGUCCUGGAUCAACAAAAGGCAAAAAAUACCAGCGCUGAUGAGAGGAGUUUAUAACCUAAGGACACGCACUCCUCUCUCAGGCUGCACUAUUUUAAUCUUUUUCUUAUGACAUUCAUUAUUAUUACGAUAUUAUUUCUAACUAUAUAAGCUUCUGGAAGAAUAGGGAAAACCCACCAGGAUUUGACGGGAAGGAAGCACUAUUGAAGCGACAACCUGGGACUUCAGUGCAUAUUCUCCUUCAAAGAACAUGCAUUGGGUCCCACAUCGUGUUUUAAAAAUCUUAGUAUUUGAAAGUUUAUUUUUAUAUUGGAGUUGGCUGUUAGCUUGGUUUUAAUCACUCUGAAAACCAUAAUGGCUAAUUCGAUUAUGAUCGUAUUUCCUUUAUUUCUUAUAAGAUGGAUUUCUUCCAGUUAAGGACAAUAA